AUGGCGCCGCCGUCUGCUGUCCUACGCGCUGCGGCCAUGCUCGCUCUCACCUGGACUUCCACCGUCAAUGCACAAUCUGCUUGCWCGACCACUGGCGCCGUCACCCCAAAUGCCCCCGUCUGCCCGGGCUCCAAUGGCCAAUCCUUCGUCAGCCCCUGCGGUAGCAAUUAUACCCUCACCUGCAAUUCCGACGUGGAUCCAGCAGGCGCAGCAACCAACGCGGCAGCUGCAAGCUUGUCGGCCUGUAUAGCGCAGUGUGAUGCCUAUGCGGGAUGUCGAGCUGCAGUCUUCACGGGAAAUCUGUGCUACAUCAAGACCUCCUUCACAGGUCUCACCAAUGCAGGGACAGGCCAGGCUCUCGUCCGUGCCAUUCCACCAAACCCAAAUUAUGCCGUUCCCUUCGCUGCUGGAAAUGUCAACGCAUCGUCUGRCUGUGGACAGGCCCUGCCGUCGGGACUCGUGGCCGAUGGAGCAAGUGUGCAAUACAGUACCGUCACUGCGGAUGGCAGAACGCGUAUUUACAGGAUUCACAUACCCAGAUUUUACGAUCCGCUCAGGGCUUCUCCUUUGAUCUUUGCGUUUCCGGGAGCGUCAGCCACUGCCCUGGAAAUUGAAAGCCAGACUAGAUUCAACGAUGCUACCAUCAAUSCGUACGGAAUCGCCGUGUAUGUUCAAGGAGUCAAUCUGGGAUUCCAGUCAAACCCCAAUAACAAUAAUGUCGACGACAUCGGUCUUGUUAGGGCUCUCGUCGCCAACAUAACCGCAAGCUUUUGCGUCGACACUGGCCGGAUGUGGGCGUCUGGCUUCAGCAACGGCGGUGGGUUUACAAACGUUCUGGCUUGCAAUCCCGUCACAAGUUCCUUAUUUUCGGUCUUUGCUGCGAACUCUGGAGCAUUCUAUACGGGAGUGGCCGGUCCCGGUGAUCCUUUGACUGUAUCCCCUGUCGAUACYCCUGUCGGAGUCUGCUCCCCGAGUCGUAACAAUAUCCCGUUUAUAGAGGUCCACGGAACAGGUGAUGCCACAAUCAAUUACUACGGAGAGGCCAAUCGUAAUGGCCGCGUACUGCCGACCAUUCCUCGCUGGACGCAAGCUUGGGCUACGCGACAGGGAUAUUCCACAGUCAAUGUAACUACAACGCCCGCUCCUGGCAUCACCAAAUACGUGUUCGGCAACAGCAACAAUCUCGGGAUUAUCACACAGUAUACGCUUGCGGGAUGGUCCCAUAAUUGGGCAAGCAUCGCAGGUGGAGCGCAGUUGGACAGUUCGCCUCUCUUCAUGAACUUCUUCUACGACCAGACGAGCUCUAAUCGAGUUGUGGCGGCGGUCAGUUCGAGCGGGCCAUCAAGUUCGACAUCCCUGACUGAAACUAGAAACCCGGCCGCUUCAACAAGUAGUACUUCUGGCUCAACAACGACGUUCUCUGUGUCCAGCAGUCUGGACUCAAGCAUCAGCACAAGAACGACUUUGACGUUUGCCGAGAGCCAGCCAGGCUUGAGUUGUACACCUUGCUCUGCUAGCAGCACAUUUGACCCCYUUCCCACCACCACAACAUCAUCUGAGAUAAUCUCGUCUACAACGACGAUGACGACGACGACGACGACGACGACGACUUCUUCUGCGCUGCAGUCUUCGCCAUCGACCUUUACGUCUUCGACAUCUUCGUCGUCGCUAAGCUCAUCUGCGGCAUCUUCAACACCAUCCUCGUCAGCCUUCUCAUCGACAUCGUCUUCAACGGUCCCUUCCUCUGUAGCCUCUUCCACACCCUCAUCAUCGCCGGUACUCUCAUCGUCGACAUUUUCAUCAUCGACAUUUUCAUCGUCGACAUCUUCAUCGUCGACAUUUUCUUCACCGAGCUCUUCUGGGGCAAUAUCUACAUCUUCGACAUUGGUGUCUCCAUCGUCAUCAUCGCCAAUUACCUCAAGCUCAACAGGCGGUCCUUCGAGCAGCUCCUCCAACAUCCUGCUCAGCAGCUCAAGCAGUGGAGAUUCGAGUUCCAGCGGACCUGUAGCCUCAAGCACAUCCAGUGCAGUCGGGUCUUCCACAUUGCGUGUGACUAGCACCACUUCAACGAGCGCGAUUAGCACCACUUUAACGAGCGCGACUAGCACAACUCCAACGAGCGCGACUAGCACCACUUCAAUGGGUGCGUCCAGUACCACUUCAACGAGCGCGACUAGCACAACUCCAACGAGCGCGACUAGCACAUCGGCUGUCUCGUCAACUAUAGCCACCGCAUCGAGCACCUUGGCAUCGUCCUCCCUAUCGGCACAGCAGAGUUCCUCGCCGUCAAGCAGCGCCCGAACGACAUCUUCAACGAUUCUUACUUCCRCCGCGCCGACCUCCACACCUUCCAGCAGUGUUCAGAUUUCGUCCUCUCCCGUAGCUUCUUCUUCCCCCUUCCCAACAUCAAUUGGGUCGAGUAGUGCUCAACCCACAUCCGAGCCCGUUGCAUCUCUCCCGGUGUCAUCCUCCACUGCCUCAAGCAGCGUCCGAAUCUCUUCCAGCACACUCGCUGCACAAUCAUCCACCGCCUCGAGCAGCAUUCAAACACCAUCGUCUUUCAUCGUCUCUUCAGGACCAAUAUCGCCUACAGUCCUGCCAACUACCGCUUCAAGCACAAACGAGGUCACCACCACGUCUGACGUGCCACAAGAAACAGUGUAUCCGCCUCCACCAGCAUGCCCAACAGACGCGGUCACGCUCUGUGCGCCAGUCGAUACUACGACAACUUGCUCCUCAGGUAGCGGACAAGCUUACAAUGUUACAUGUGGAGUUGCUUAUGUUGGAACGGUUGUCCAAGAUAGUGACAUCAAGUCGCCGCCGCCCUAUGACACCCAGCCAUUCGUCCCUCCUUCCGCAACGCCAUCUUCUGGACCAGAUAAACGAGACCUGGGGGCAAGUUUCGAGAUAUUCGAGCGCAGACUACCAAUCGCUAAGCGCAUCUUAUAUCCUGACAUCACGACUUGUCAGGCUGCUUGCGAGCUAUCGAAUACGACCGAGACCCCUUGCGUAGCCUUCAACUUCAACGUUGCUACUUACAAUUGUACGCUGUUCAGCGAGGUAACUGGUACGGUUCAAUCUGCAGAUGUCGUUGCCGCCGUGCCUGUUCCGAACCCUCCASUUGCGGUCGAGUACUCAACAUACGCUACGACUACUGCGUCCACGUUAUUCAGUACAGCGACCACCUUGGCCGAAGCAUCCACAACUUCUCCACCAGUUCCAAUAUCCACGAAUCCUGCGUCAAGCGCCAGCUGCCCUGUUAGCGACGGUCAAACUGUGGUGGAUACGUGUGGUGUGCAGUACCUCUUGAGUUGCGGAAACGACACCUUCCCGGGAGGCGACGCGAGGAUCGAAGAUAUUGACUUCAACGAUUGCUUCGCUGCAUGUUCGAGCGGCCAAAAUGGCGCAUGCACGGGUUUCACCUGGACGAGCAAUACUAGAAUUUGCUACCUCAAGAAUGGGGGGAACAUGUUCUUCCAGGACCCGAACGUGAAUGCCAUUGGUGCGAUCAACGUCGAUUACUAUCUGGAUGCUGCCGGACCUGAUGCGCCUGCACCUUCGGCCACUACCCGUGUAUGCACAACUGCGGCUUCUACAAGCUCAACUUUCUCGACGGUGUCCAGCUCUUCCGCGCAGGCGACUUCCACGGCUCUGGCUAGCACAACGACCCGGAUAAUAUCCCCUACAACAUUUACUGCAUCAAGCACCCCUCCAGGCGUCCCACUGCCGACUUCCAUCACGUCGUCUGCUUCGAGUAUCGUGUCCUCAUUGAUCGUGCCUCCACUAUCGUCUACGACUGGUAGGACGAGCUCUGGUGAACCAGUUCCUUCCUCGAGUCCAAGUACAAACGUGGCGUCGAGCUCUUCUAUUGUUAGUCAGUUGACUAUGGCAUCUACCGUAGUCUCAUCGCUGGAGCUUUCGUCCUCAUUAGCUGCCACAACGGCUGCGCCAACAGACUUCCCCGGAAGCUCCACGACCCCUUCAAUCACCACACAAUCCGUUUCGUCCACAAUAGCACCAUGCGCAACGGAAACAGCCGAUAUUUGCACAUCUGCCAGCACACAAAUCAUAUGCUCCAGCAGUAAUGAGACGACUUAUGCUGUUACGUGUGGAAUAGUCUACACUGGCAGCGAAAUUCCCGACGACAGAGCCAAUACCACAGGUCUUGCUAAGCGCUUCUACACAGAGGACUUUGGAGAUUGUCAGCAAGCAUGUACCGAUACUUUUGGAUGUGUUGCGCUCAAUUAUGUGGACUCGGACUGUACUCUGUUCGACUCUGUAAACAGUACAUCGCUUGCCCCGGGAGCUGUGAGUGCCAUUGGGGUCCCGGACAAUGGCAUCGUACCUUCCUACUCACUGGCGAGCUCGCAAGCUACUAGCUCGACUAGCAUACCUGGACCCCCUGAAUCAUACGCGAGCCUGUCGACCACGACAGUAUCUUUGCCUUCCAUGUCCAGUUUCUCUACUUCUGGCACCACAAUCUCUUCCGCUGGAAACUCGUCCAUUACUCAAUCUACACCAGCUACGUUGAGCGCUUCUUCACCAGGAGGAGCUUCCUCUUCCAGCGCAAGUGUUUCUUUAUCGAUGGCGACAGUUUCAACAUCAGGAAUACCUCCGUCUUCAACUAGCUCGUCUUUGCCAGGAGUUUCGUCACCUUCACCAGUUGCAUCAUCAACUCCUACAGCAUCACCGUCGACUAUCGUAUCAUCAACUCCAAGAAUGUCACCUUCUGGAGCUUCGACUCCUAUUCCUUCAGUCUCCAUCCCAGGAAGCUCAUCCAGGGCCAUUUCCACRUCUGGAAGUAGUUCCACUCAACCGAGAGACGCUUCGUCUUCAUCGUCUUCACCAAGCUACAGUACCUCACUCUUCAGCUCACAGAUUCCCAGCACGAGCACUGCUUCUAGCAGAUCACUCCCAGGCUCGCAGAUCCCCAGCACGAGUACCGCCUCUAGCACAUCGCUCUCCGGCUCUCAAGUGACAUCAAGUGUUCCACCUUCCAGCAGUGAUCCCAAUACACCGCCAAUCUCCACCCAAGGGCCUUCACAAUCUAUAACGAGCCCACCAUACUCUUCAACAGCACCCACUACUGUCCCAACACCAUCACCGCCCGCAGCCCUCUGUCCUGCGUCAAACGGACAGAACUACACCAACACUCAAGGCGUCACCUACGCAGUCGACUGCAACACAGCCCUCACCGGAAUAACCUACACCGCAGCCAACAAUAACCCACGCCGCCAAACAACCUCCACUUCCGAAUCCUGCAUGGCACUCUGCAAUACCGACCCAGCCUGUUUAGGAAUCAACAUAACACCCACAAGCUGCGUAUACUUCAACUCCAUCACGGGUAGUAUUCCCGCAAUCGGCACAACAGCUCUCGAGAAGAUUGCCGUCACUCCUAUCCCUGGAGGUGGACUCACAGUKACGGUUUCUGUUUGCAGAGCCUCCACUACGAGAACUGUUACGGCUUUCACAACCGUUUCGAUCGCAACUUGUUCGGCGGGUAGUAUUUGUCCCGCGGCUGCUUCGGGUGCGAAAUUGGUUGUGAGGGACCUCUAG